AUGCCACUGGUCAGGUUGUCUGUCCCCGUCGUACGCCGUUCAACGGAAAGCCCCGACACGGCGCGGAGCCCCAGCGCGCAAUCCGACUCCCGCCCACCUCCCCCCGCCGGGACCCUCGGCGGCAGUCCGGGCCUGGGGCGGCCAUGCGGCGCUCGGCGUGGGGGCUCUGCGCGGCGGCUCCGCCCCGCCCCGACAGCCCAGCGGCACCGCGGGCGCGGGUUCCGCGGGCGCGGGCGCGGGGUUGGCGGGAUGGUUCCCCGCCCCGGCAGAGGGAUGGAGGCGGGCGGGCAUCCCGCGGGCUGGCUCCGGCCCCGGCUUCCCGCGGCCCCACUGCGCGCCGAGCGGGGAGCGGAGCAGAGGAGUCGGCCAGGUCGGGGGCGACGCGACGGCAUGGAGCAGGGCGGCCGCCGGGCUUUCGGCAGCAUCUGCCCCAACCGGGCUCCGGGCCCGCCCGUCCGCGGAGCUAAAAAGCCCGCGCGGUCCAGCGGGGCGGCGGCGGGGACAUCUCCGACGGGGCUGAGCCCUCGCGGACCCGAGCCCCGGCCCCGCCGCGGCCCCUCCGGCCCGGCCCCAGCUCUCUCUCACCGCCGUCUCUCGCCGCCCACGGCGCACGCCGCCCGUGACUGGCAGGAGCUGGUAGCCCGCGGCCCCGUCCUCCCAGCCGCCAUGGUCGGCCCCGCCGCCCCACCGCAGGGCCUGUGCCUGCAGGAUGAGCCGGAGUUCGAUUUCCAGGAUCUCAGAGAUGCUGUCCAUGAUUUUAUGUCUGAUGCCUCCACCUGGGUGCCCCCACCGCCGGACUGCGCUGACUUCGACUUCUCCCUCGGCGAGGACGUGGCCUUCGGCACCUAUGUGGAGCGCCCGCAGCCCCCAGAAUCCCUGCAGCCGUGCUGGCGGGACGCGGCCGAGAGACAAGGGCAGGCGCUUGGAGAUGCUCUGGAGGAAAACAGCCAGCUGCAGGAGGCUCUGGCGCAGAAGCAGGAGGAGCUGGAGACGCUACGGGAGAGCAACGUGCAGCUGAAGGAGCUGGCGAACCAGGCUCGGCAGCUGGCCACGGUGCUCGACAAGCUGAUGCUCCCGGCGCGCCCCGGCGGCGCGGCUCUUCCUCCUCCCGCUCCUCCUCCUCCCGCCGGGUGCUGCGGGCGCGCGGAGGCGGCGGGCGUGGGCGGCAUGCUGCGGGCGGUGUCGGCGCAGUGCCGCGCGGCUCUGCGCAGCCUGGCGGGCAGUCCCGCCGCCAAGCGCCCGCGGCUCCACGGCGCCUUCCGCGGGCUGCGCACCGCGCGCGCGGCCGUCCCGCUGAGCGCCGGCGACGCGGAGCUGGAAGGUGGCGGCAGUCUGCGGGUGGCCUUCGGCGAGCAGGGCGGCAUCCGCACGUUGGCCUUCCCGCAGGGCAACGCGUUCACCUUGCACACCGCCGACGGAGGGUACCGCUUCCGAUGGGUGCCGCGCUGA